CCUGACCGUUGUUCUUUUCUCCAGUGAAUCUUAAUUUUUGUUUCUCAGGAAACUACUUCGUUCGAUCCUCUUACUAUCUUUAGCGCCCGUAGCUACAUUACCUCGUCAUUUUUGGAACGAUUUGGGAACGAAAUACUUGAGGCAACAGACCGCGGCAAUGGCAGAGCAUGACCAUGCGAAAAUAAGCGGUGCACCGCUUCAAAGUAAUAACGAAAGUUUGAGGGCGUACUUAGCAGACCUGACUGAGCGAGCUGCCGCCAAGGAUGCUGUCAAAGAUUUCAACGCUGCUGCUGAGCUUUAUUCUGAGGCUACAGAGCUCCAGGCUAAGUUGAAUGGGGAGUUGUCGCUUGACAAUGCCGACCUACUAUAUUCCUAUGGUAAAUCUCUCUACAAUGUUGCUGUGAGCAAGAGUGAUGUCCUUGGUUCCAAAGUGGCCGGAGAGAGUCAAACGCAGGUACAUGAUCCGUUGACUGUGAAUACUUCCUCGUCUGGGACAACACCUGGGGGUGAUAGCCUUGUUCAGGAUGCAAUUUCGAGUGGCCUAGCGCGGAAGGAGGCGCUUGCUGGAAAGGCGCAGUCCCGGAAGGUCGAGAACAAGACAUAUUUUCAGUUCACAGGAGAUGAGAACUUUGACGCCUCUGAUUCCGACGAAGAAGACAAUAGCGAUGGUGACGGUGCCGAAGAAGAUGAAGAUGACUUCGCCAAUGCUUUCGAAGUCCUUGACCUCGCGCGUAUACUCUACCUCAAGAAACUAAACGCAACAGAAGAAGAAUAUGGAAAAGGCAAAACCACAGAUCUGCGUCCUCAUACCAAACAGAUCAAGGAGCGCCUCGCAGACACGUACGAUCUCCAGGCUGAGAUUUCGCUAGAAGCUGAACGUUUUACGGACGCAGUGACCGAUCUCAGAACGGCACUCGACUUGAGACAAUCUUUGUUUCCAAUGGAGGAUCCAUCGAUCGCGGAAUGUCACUAUAAGCUUUCGCUUGCCCUGGAAUUCGCGUCUGUUAACAAGGCAGACGACGAUUCUGCUAGUGGCAAGAGCGAUAGGACGACCGACGAGGAAAUGAGAAAGGAAGCAGCGAGACAAAUGGAAAAAGCGAUUGAAAGCUGCCAAGUGAGAAUGGCUCAGGAACAGAAGAUACUAGAUAAUAAUAGUACUAUGGAGGAAGACAAAGCAACCGCUAUGAAGAGAAAAAUAGCCAAUGUGAAGGAUAUCAUAGCAGACAUGGAGCAAAGGCUUGUUGAUCUGAAGUGCCCCCCGGUAUCACUCGAAGACAACGAGCAGAAAAAUGAUAUGUUGAAAGGUAUCCUGGGUCAGAUAAUGGGGCAAUCUCCUUCGGAGCAGAUGGUACAGUUGGACAAAGUCUCGAAGGGGGCUAAUGAUCUCUCUGCGUUUGUCAAACGGAGAUCAGGUAGUAACCAACAACUGGUAUCUACACAGAAGCGCUCAGCUCAGGAAAGUGACCAGGAAGGAGAUGUGAAAAGAACACGAGUCGACAACACAAAUGGUUCCCCUACCUAAGCAUUCAAAUAUUAAUUACUGCUUUACUAACCAUCUUUCUCAUUCGCUUCUGUCGGCGUUGACACAUAACGAAUUGGCUCUAUACCACAAAAAUUUGCAAGGACUAAUUACUUGGGGCAAAAAAGCAGAUACCCAGUCCAGCAGAUUUUCAAACUUAUGGGAACCAUGGGAAU